AUGGAUAAGGCAAAUUACUCAGUUCUAACUGAUUUUAUUCUUCUGGGAUUCACAGAUAACCCUCAAAUGCAGCUCCCUCUUUUUGUGAUGUUCCUGUUGGUUUAUGUUGUCACUAUAAUAUGGAAUCUUGGAAUGAUUGUGUUAAUUUACUCUGAGUCUCAGCUUCAGAACCCCAUGUAUUUUUUCCUGGGUAACCUGUCCUUUGUUGACCUCUGCUACUCCUCAGUCAUUGCCCCCAAAAUGCUCUCUGACUUCUUAAGUAAGAGCAAAAGGAUUUCAUACAAUGCCUGUGCUAUACAGAUGUAUAUAUUUGGCUUCCUUGCAGAUGUAGAGUGUCUUUUGUUGGCUGUGAUGGCUUAUGACCGAUACGUGGCUAUCUGCAAUCCACUACUCUAUACAAUUGUUAUGUCCAAAAGAGUCUGCAAACAAUUGAUAGCUGCAGCAUACAUUGUAGGCAUGGUGGACUCAAUGAUACACACUUGCAAUACAUUCCGCCUACAAUUUUGUAGAUCCAAUGUCCUCAAUCAUUUCUUCUGUGACAUACCUCCCCUCCUAGCUCUUUCCUGCUCUGAUACCUACAUCAAUGAGAUUGUGAUGUUCACCUUCAUUGGCUUUAUUAUAGGAAGCAGCAUUGGAAUGAUUCUUGUUUCCUAUACUUACAUCUUGAGCACUAUAAUGAAAAUGCGUUCUGCUGAAGGCAGGAAGAAAGCUUUUUCCACCUGUGCCUCUCACCUGACAGCUGUAGGAAUAUUCCAUGGAACAAUGCUGUUUAUGUAUUUUCGACCCAGUUCCAGUUACUCAUUGGAUCAAGACAAAUGGGUGUCCAUGUUCUACACUGUAGUGAUCCCCAUGCUCAAUCCUUUGAUCUACAGUCUGAGGAAUAAUGAUGUAAAGCAGGGUGUCAAAGAAUCCUGGUCCAGUCCACACCAAGAAUUCUGUGAAGGCCGCAGGAUACAAAAUUACAAAACCCUGGGUUUAAUCCUUAGUGAAUUCAUGAACCAGAUGGAUGACCAGAAUAUGUCUGAAUAUGUCAGAACUGCCUUUGAUGCAGUCCCCAGGUCCCAGCUCUGGCUUAAGCUAGCAAAAACCUUAAUUGAUAAAAGGUUGCUUUGGUUGAUCUCCAAACACUAUGAGAAUCCUACUGCCCAAAUCGAUUGUGGGUUGGAGGGCCAGUUGACCAACACUAUCCCUCUGUUAAAGGGUUUUAAACAAGGCUAUCUGUUAGCACCUAUGCUUUUUAACCUUUAUAUUAAUGAUACGAUCGCAAAUAUUAAGGAAAUAGCACAUCAUGCUCCAGUACUGGCUGGUCAGGAAAAUCCCAUUUUGCUCUACGCAGAUGAUAUAGUCCUUUUGUCGAGAUCAGAAGUAGGACUUAGGAAAAUUCUAAAAUCAUUUAUAGGGUAUUGGACUCAAGGGGCUAUCAAUAAACUAUGA